GCCAGCUGGUAACCAUGAGCGAAUGGAUGAAGAAAAGCCCCUUAGAAUGGGAAGAUUACAUUUAUAAAGAAGUGAUGGUGAUAGCCUGUGAGAAGGAGUAUAAAGGAUGNCUUCUAACCACAGACCCAGUCUCUGCCAACAUUGUCCUCGUAAACUUCCUUGAAGAUGGCAGAUUGUCUGUGACUGGAAUCAUGGGCCACUCUGUGCAGACUGUGGAAACCAUAAGUGAAGGUGACCACAGAGUACGAGAGAAGCUGAUGCAUGUGUUUAUAUCUGGAGACUGUAAAGGAUACAGCCCCGAGGAUCUGGAAGAGAAGAGGACCAGCCUAAAGAAAUGGCUGAAGAAGAACCACAUCCCUGUCACAGAGCAGGGGGAUGCACAAAAGACUCUCUGUGUGGCUGGGGUUCUGACUAUAGACCCACCAUAUGCUCCAGAAAAUUGCAGCAGCUCCAAUGAGAUCAUUCUGUCCCGAAUUCAGGAUCUUAUUCAAGGACAUCUUUCAGCUUCCCAGUGAGAGGCCAAGCACUGUGAAC